AUGAAGUUGGCACCUUCGACGGCGCCGGUGGUGCUGAAGGCCCAGCACGAGCCGCAGAUGCCCUGCGAGAAAAAGGAAGACGGAGAAGAGGAGAGAUAUCAGAGACGGGGGGGGAAUGGAGGGGGAAGAGGAUGGAACUGGGAAAGACCUGCAUCUUGA